CCGGCCGCCUCGCCGCCAUCCGUCACCUCGCCGCCUGCCGCACUCCUGGAGCGAGAGAGCGGCGAGCGAGCCAGGGCGAUGGUGCCGCCCGCGGCGCAGCCAUGGAGCCCGCCCGAGGAGCCCCCGCGCGCCGCUGCCAGCCUGCCCGCAGCCCGCCGCCUGCGCGCCAGCUCCCCGCGACUCGGGCCGGCUGUUGCCGCCCCGCCAGCCACUGUCCGCCCCUCCGCUCGGCGCCACUGAGCCCCACGCCCGUGCCGGGCUCGGGGACGCGGGCGCCCUAGUCCCGCCGCCGUCGCCGCCGCUGCUGCUCCUCCACCGGAGCUGCCGCGCCGCCGAAGAGGAGGAAGAGAAGGCGGAGGAGGAAGCUGAGGCCCAUGUCUUCCAAAUGAGCUCACGGGGCCCUCCCAGAGGCCAGUGGAUUAUGAUGCCAGAUGGGCCUGAAGCAAACCAUCCAGCUGAGUGCUGCUGCAGAAGAAAGGAGCCUCAGGUCAGGACCAGCACUGGGCCAUCCAGAGGAGAGGCGACCGGGAAGGAGCUGGGUUCCUUAAACCUCUCCUCUCUGACAGUCAUGUGAUGCAGGAAGAGAGUGCAAAUGAUAUGGAAUGUGAGCAGCUGCCAGCAGAGACGCUGCGACAAGUGACCAUUCACCGAGACCCCAUAUGUGGCUUUGGCUUCGUGGCUGGCAGUGAGAGGCCUGUGGUGGUGCGAUCUGUGAGGCCAGGAGGCCCCUCUGAGGACAAGCUCCUGGCUGGUGACCAGAUUGUGGCUAUUAAUGAGGAGGACGUGAGUGAAGCCCCCAGGGAGAGGUUCAUAGAGCUUAUCAGGAGCGCUAAGGAAUUCAUCGUUCUUACAGUUCUGCACACUCAUCAGUCCCCCAAAUCUGCCUUCAUCAGCGCUGCAAAGAAGGCCAAGCUGAGAUCCAAUCCUGUGAAGGUCCGAUUUUCUGAGCAGGUGGCAGUUGGAAAAACAGACGCAAAAAUGAUGAAGAAAGAAGCUCUUCUCCUCAUUCCCAACGUCUUGAAGGUUUUCUUAGAAAAUGGGCAAAUCAAGUCAUUCACAUUUGAUGGCCGGACCACUGUCAAGGAUGUUAUGGUGACGUUACAGGACCGUCUUUCCCUGAGGUACAUUGAGCACUUUGCUCUUGUCCUUGAGUAUGCUGGACCAGAGCAGAACCACAAGUUCCUGCUUCUCCAAGACAAGCAGCCCCUGGCUUAUGUGGUGCAGCGGACACACUAUCAAGGAAUGAAAUGCCUCUUCCGAAUAAGCUUCUUUCCCAAAGACCCUGUGGAGCUGCUGCGUCGAGAUCCUGCUGCUUUUGAGUACCUGUACAUCCAGAGCCGGAACGAUGUUAUCAGAGAACGCUUUGGAAUGGACCCCAAGCCAGAGAUGCUUUUGGGCCUUGCUGCCCUUCACAUCUAUAUCACUGUCUCAGCCACUCGACCUAGUCAGAAGAUCUCACUCAAGAAUGUGGAGAAGGAGUGGGGCCUGGAGCCCUUUCUUCCCCCCUCCCUCCUGCAGGGCAUCAAGGAGAAGAAUCUCCGGAAAUCUCUCUCUCAGCAACUGAAGGCCCACCAAACACACCCUUCCAGCAGCACGAAGGGCUCUGCAAUUCAGGCAAAGCUCCAGUAUCUUCGAAUUCUGAAUGAACUUCCGACCUUCACAGGCGUUUUGUUCAACACUGUGGGCCUGGAUGAGAAGCAGUCAGCCACCACUCUCCUGGUGGGACCCCGUCACGGCAUCAGCCAUGUUAUUGACCUCAAAACCAACCUCACCACUGUGCUGUCCGAGUUCAGCAAGAUCAGCAAGAUCCAGCUGUUCCGGGAGAACCAGGGCGUGGCCCGGGUGGAGACCAGCAUCAUGGAUGCCAAGCCUCUGGUGCUGUUGAUGGAGUGGCCUGAAGCCACCAACUUUGCCUGCCUGAUUGCGGGGUACUGCCGUCUCCUGCUGGAUUCCAGGAAGAUGGUCUUUUCCAGGCCUGCCAGCCAGCCUCUUCCACCUCCAAUGAUCAAGGCAGAUUACAUGCACAGCGCCCACCGCCCUGUCACUGGGGGCCACCUGGGGAAAAAGGAGAGUAGUUAUGUGGGCAGCAUGGGCACCAGCCCCAGGAAGUCGAGCCGCUGCACACCCCCGCCUGCCGACUCUGAGCUUGUCAGCUUUUGCUACCUCCACAUGCGGGAACAAAGGAAGGAGCAGGAAAGCCGGACAGAUGUCAAUGAGAACUUAAUCUUCUUUGAGGAGACCAGGCCCCGGACCAAGUCUGAUCCCACGUCCAAAAGCUCUGGCCAAGGUUACGGUGUAGUCCCUGAUGACUUUGAUGCAGCCAGCCUAGACCAUGAGCCCUGUGCAAGCAGGGUCCGGUCCUACACCUUGGACAAGUCCCCUGGGGCUGAAGCCCUGAAUUUCUACUGUGAUUCUUGCAAAGCCAAACUCCAGGAGCAGCUGGGCCCUUGCAAAGGCGGGAGGCCUGGCUCUUCUCGUGACAAUAUGGUAGACUUGAUGUCCCUCCCACCCCCAGGGAGUGAGGAGGAGGAGGAAGAGGAAGAUGAGAGCACUUCACUGUUGCCUGCCAUUGCCGCCCCACCUCCGGGUUUCCGAGACAACAGUUCUGAUGAGGAUGACCCCAAGCGCCGGGCCGUCCAGAGCCAGGAGCAAGGACGCCACCUGCGUGGGCUCCUGUACGAUGAGAUUCCAGUGACAUUGAUUGACAGUGUGCAGACCCGUACAGUCCGAGAUCAUGCCCAGGAGCUAGAUGAUGCCCUGGUGUCCACUCUGCAGGCUCUGGAAGCCCUGGCAGCCUCAGAGGAUGGGCCACACCCCCCACCCCCACAGACUGCAGGUCUGAUUGUGCUGGCCACAAUCACCCCAGAAUCAUCGUUGGACUCCGGCCAUGAAACCAACUCCUCAGAGCUCACGGACAUGUCAGAGAUGAUGUCUGCCAUGAAGCAGCACCAGAACACCACCUACUUCCUAGCCCAGCACCUCAACAAGGACAGCCUCCUAGCCCGCAAGGACCUGCCCUUCCGGAUUCAAAGCUGUGCAGCCCAGGCUGUUCUCACAGCCCCUUAUUCUCUUGGGCGCCCAGAUCCCAACUCAUCCCUGCAGCCAGCUAUCACAGGCCAGAGUCCUGGCGCCCCUGGCGCUCGGAGGAAGCUGCCCUCGUCAGAAUCCCAGCCACAGCGAGAGCGAACAUACACGUUGGCAGUGCACCCAGCACUGUCCCCACAGCUUAGUGACCAGAAAAAUCUGAGUCUGCUGUCCCCUGCUCCUGAGGACAAAGGGUCUGUCCACACUAGGGCAGGUCUAGAGAUGUCACUGAGGGCAGCCACACCAUCCCUCAAUGAAGAGCAGGUCUCCGAGCUAAGGGAGAACCUGCCCAAGGAGGUCAGGUUGAGCCCCAAGCUUAUCCUGGACCCAAAGGGCAGUGUGACCCCAGCCAUCAUCUCGGCCACCCUACAGCAGGUGGUUUCCACCAAGAGCCUACCUGCCCCUGGUGGGGCCUUGGGGAACACCCCCAGCAGUGGGGAGAAGAGGCUGGAGGCCUGCAUUGGGAGGCCAGAAGUUAGCAUGAUGAGCAGUAGUGCCAAUAAGAAUCUUAAGUUCAAAGUGAGUCCCAGUGCUCCAGAGACCUCGCACAGUUCGCAGCAGCAGCUGAGCCCAGAGGUCUCUUCUAGCUCCAGAGCACCCGCGGGCAGCCGGACUGACAGCCUGCACCUCACCCCACAAGAUGACAGGCUGCCUGUUGAAAGCUUACCUCCCAAAAGCUAUCUUUUACGAGCAAGUCGAGAGACAGUAGGCAAGCAAGCUACAGGGGAGGUGGCAGGCAAGGGUGGGUCAGAGGGUACUAAGCCUUCUCUACACAAGCAGGGCACCGUCUCUGGCCAGGCAGAGAAGGGGCAGCUGGAGAGCACACCCCAAAGCAGCAAGCUUGAGGAGAUGAGCCUGGUCCCCAGAGCUGGCUACCCUGUGGCUCUGCAGAGCCCAAGCUGCCAGCCUCGAGGUCAGAGCCCCAGCAGCCAGUCCCGAGGCCAGAGCCCCAGCUGCCAGCCUCGAGGUCAGAGCCCACUGAGGCCCCAGGCUGCUAUCCGGCAGGUGAGCACCAUGCCCUCCAGGAAGCUUGAAACGACCCUGGAUACAGCCCACUCGGCCUCUGAAGGCCCAACAAAGCCAAAGUCAUCCCGAGGUCCUUUCCGGCUACGCAAUUUAUUCUCUGCCACCUUUCCAACCCGCCAGAAGAAGGAGACAGAUGAGCGGCAGGUCCAGCUGCAGAAGGUAAAGCAAUAUGAGCUGGAGUUCCUCGAGGAACUUCUAAAGCCACCAAGCCAGGGAGAGCUGCCAAGCACCGAGUACCUGCAACCUCCAGCCCCAGGCCGCUGCAGCUGCCAGCUACGCAGCAGCCCCGUGCAACAGGGGCCCGGCAUGUCCCGUGAGCAGAGGCGCAGCUGCGAUUGCAAGCGCAUCUGCCGGGGGGGCCGACCUCAGGCCCCACAGACGCCGGUGCCCAGCCUCCGGGGAAGGGAGAGGGAUAGGGUCCCCCCUACCCUGAGGCAGCCAGAAGCAGGCCCAGGCUUGAGCCUCAGCAGCCCCACUAAUGUCCAACGUAUCCGCUCUACCAGCCUGGAAUCCCGAGAGUGCCGCUCGGACCCUGAGAGUGGUGUUUCCUGCCUGACCACGUGUGCCUCGGGGGGUGAGUGCCUGGGAGCUCCCAACUACAGGAAGCUGAUGCGCCGCUACAGUAUCAGUGAGCUGGACCAGGGUGACAGGGCCUCACUGACCUCAGACGUCUACCCACACCCACCCCUGGGCAUGCUACCCAGGGAGGCCAAGGAGGUGGAGGCAGGCCUUCUCCUUGGCUUGGGCCCCAAAACCAAGUCGCCAGAGUCCCCAACAUUGGGAGACCCCUCAUAUGUCCAGGUCGCCCCUGAGACCAAAGGCCCCAGACAGAUGGCUGUGUUCUCCCUGCCAGAAGAGGUGUACCGGAAGCCUGCCGAGCUUGACGAGGACAGUGAGAGCAGCAAGUGCUGCUCCAUCCGCUACUGCUUCUAUUACCGCAAGUGCGACAUGGCAGAUGACGCCAGUGACGGCAAGGAUGAGCUGUCCUACUCCAUCCCCAUGAAGAUUCUGCCCGGCAUGAAGCUGGACGAGCAGGUGGUGCCUGUGGUUAGCAGGACCCUGCAGGUGCUGGAUGCCGCCACCUGCAGCAGCAGUCUCGAGGCCUCCCACACCCAGGAGAUUGACCUGCGGGUGUCCACCUUUGAGGGGAGCCUGGCCAAGAUCAAUGCCCUUCGGGCACAUGCCUAUGGCCUGCCUGAUGGCUUUCUGGCUGCCCGGCUGGACACCAAUGAGCUGCUGACAGUCCUGCGGCAGUGCGUGGCCAGCCCUGAGGCCCGCGCCCCCAAGCCCUAUGUGUCCCAGAUCUCUGAGUACAAGCUCGAGCUGGCUGUCAAGUUUAAGGAGCUUCGGGCCUCCUGCCGCCGCGUGGCCAAUGUGGACAAGAGCCCAACUCACAUGCUGGCAGCCAUCACAGGCAGCUUCCAGGUGCUGAGCAGCCUCAUUGAAACGUUCGUGCGGCUGGUGUUCAUUGUGCGCUCCGAGGCCCAGCGCCAAGAGCUGCUGGCCAAGGUAGAAGAGGUGGUGAGGAACUACACUUUCCUGCUGCGUGCAGCUGAGGAAUCCACCACCCGGAACCUUAACCAGCAGCAGCAGCAGCAGGAGACAGCAGCAGCUAUAGGGGCCGCCACGGGGCACCCUCCGGCCUCCCCAACUUCUGCGACUGUUAUGAGCACAUUCACCCGCUCCUUAAAAACCCUCAUUAAGUAGGCCAUCUGCCCAGGCCUGCCCUCCUUCCCCAGCCACAGCCCCAGGUUUGAGCUUUGUGGUCCUUGCAUCUUGUGGUGAGUGUGUUUGUCUGCUGGGCCAGUCAGGGUCUGUGAGCCUCCAGUCUGCAGGGAGUGGAAACUGCCUGGAUUGAGGCUGUCCCUUAGGGCUCCAGGCAGCUGCCACCCUGGAUGUCCUCACCCCUACCCUGGCCUCUGGGCGUCACUGUGAGGGCCAAGGCCCCCAUCACUACACCCACCGCAGAGCUGUAUUCUAUCUCUUCUCCAGAGCUGACAGGUGACAACAGUCUCACUUCUGCUCUAUCUGGGGGACCACAGCAGCUGGGGCCUGAAGCAGGCAGGCCCACAGGCCUUGAGCUCCUCCCAGAGUCUGCUCCCCUCCAAAGGUGCAGUGGCAGUAGCAGCAGGCCACAGCAACAGCAUAGCAAGCAGAGCGGAGAGGGCCUUCAGCCCAGAUGUGCCCACCCACCCUGGGCUCACACUUACUCGGCAGGAGCCCCCACAGAGGGCCUGUGCCCAGGUGGCAGGUCUGCAGAAAACAGCCCUGAGGAGCUGUUUGCAGCCAGUCCAGCUGGCUAGCAGCCUUGGGAGCCCUAGCCCCCGGGGCCCAGUAGCUCCACACCAGCCAUCCCCAAACUGCCCUGUCCCUUUGGUGGACAGGGCGGCUCAGUCCACUAGGGAGCAAGCAUCUGGGAUUACCCCACUCAUUCUGGGUAACGUACCUGAUGAAAAUGUCUGCUCUGGGGAGAUCCAGCCCAGGCCUCGGAGCCUGCCCAGUCCGGCCCAGCCCAGCACACAGGCUGUCACUGCAGGUGUGCGGCUCUUCUCUCAACAUCUACCAGAUGGACUGUCCUUAGGAGCUCGACUUAGCUACGGAC